UUGGAGGUACUGUGCAGGAAUUGAAACUGUUUCUUAGUAUAUGCGUAGUUUAAUUGUUAAUGGUGUACUUCGGAAGAGAAAUUUCUAAGCAUCGAAUGCUAGCAUGACAGCGUUUAAGUCUAAGGAAACAAUCUCUUGGUGUACCUUUAGAGGGCUGUCAUCAGUUGAUGAAUUAACCACUUAAAAAUGUACGCAAACCCCAAAUUCUAUAUUUAACUGGGCACCAUAUGAAGUGAAUACCAGACCCUUAGCAAGCCUCCACAGAAAAAGAAAAUCUGACGAAAGAAUGGAAGAGACAGUUUCACAUGUUGCAGAGCGUGGACAAAGUUUGAUAAUUUCACAGUCACAGUAUGCCAAGGUUAUAUUUCACGAUAUAGCAGACACAUACCCAACUGAUGCAGACAUCUGUUGCCGAUAUUCUCUGACUGAUGGGGUCACUGUGUCAGAUGGGGAUAGAAUUGCCCUGUACCGUGUAGGAUGGACCUCUGUCCAGGAACACAUUGUGUCUGAAUGUGUACCAGAGACAGAUGCAACUGAACUUCAGGUUCUGUUCAAAGCCAGCCAACUCCCCAAAGAUGAGAAUGAGUUCUAUCAGCUCUGCUAUGUGACGAGAAAUGGCCGAGUGCGUGGAGCCAGCGUCCCAUUCCAGUUUUGCCCGCUUUUUGAGAGUGAACUGUGUGUUGUGGAGGAGGCAGAUGGUAUGGUGGUGGUGAGAUCCAGGACAGCUUUUACCGAAGAGAAGCUGAGAGAGGUUUUUGUAGCAAAUGAAAUUCUGCAGAAGGAGAAAGGGAACUUGGAAAAGGAGUUGCAGAUUUUUAAAGAGAAAUACCACAAAGUGUCAACAGAACUUCAAUCUGCCAUGGAGACGCUCGCAAAGUUAGAAAAUGAAAAACAGGGACUUGAGGAUGGACUGGAGGAAAAUUUGCGUAUGGAGCGUUACGUCGAAUGCCUGAAGCAGGAUCUACUUGUAAAUGACAAAGAGAAGAACCAGUGCCUCGCCAGACUGAACAAAGCAGAACAUGACGUCCAAGUCCUUACAGCCACUGUGGAUACUUUAAGUGCUGACAAGGAGUUUAUGGCUCAGCUGUUACUGAGUGAGAACAAAUCAGGUGGUGUCGGUGCCGAAAUUUGCCAAUUAAAGGGCCAAGUCGACAGCCUAACUUGUAUGUUGGAAGCCCUGAGUCAGAGCAAGGAACUGGUGACGCAGGAGCUACAAAUGCAGCAGGCAGUUGGCAAGAAAUUACAACAAGAUGUCCAGCGUUUGGAGAGUGAAAGCAGGGAACAGCAGAACAAAAUAGAAGAAUUGCAGAAAGAGAAUGUUAUACUUCAGGAGCAGACUUUGUGUGCUGAGAAGACUUCAGAAGAGAAGAUAGAACAGAUGAGUGUUCUAGAAAAAGAGAAGGAAUGUCUGUUAAGGAAACUUGAUGAGGCAGUACGUAACACAGAGAGAGAAGUAUUGAUGGUAACUGAAGUAUAUAAAAGGCGCUUAAAAGAAGUACGUCAGACUUCAGGUUUGCAGACGAAUAUCAUUUGGCCCGAGAAAAAGGCAGAAGAGAGAACUACAGAAAUUGUUGAGAAAAAUCAUUUAAAGAAGGACUUUGUAGAAGCAGAAUGUGUCAUUUCUGAAAGUAAGCAAUCUCUAGCACAAAUAAUGGGUGAGAAAGCAAGUUUGGAAGAUAAUUUGGCAAAGGCUCUUGAUAGGGAGAAGAAGUUGCUGGACCAUAAUGAAUGUCUCGCCACACAUUUAAAGGAGCUGGAAAAUGAAGUAUCUUCUUUAAAAUUACAGCUGCAAAUGUUAAAUAACGAGUGUGAGAAAAAGGCCCACUUCAAGGAAGUUGCCACAGAUUUAGCUCACAGAAUCAUGGACCUAAAAAUAGAACAUAAGGAGAUUGUAGCCAAUAGGAAUGUGCAGCUGCAAAGAAUCGAUGCGAUAGCUGAGCGACUUUCAGAACUGGAUUUUGAGAAAAUGAAGCUGUGUUGUGAGCGAACUGAUAUGUCAACUUUUUGUGACGUACGGGAGGACGAACUUGCCAAAAUGGUCGAAAACUUGACAUCUUUAGAAAGACGUCAAAAGAAUAGUUAUCUGAUGGGAAGUUUCUCUGAUAGUUCGGAUGCAGAGAGCUUGAAGGAGAGUGUUGAUGAGCUAUUAUCAUUUGUGGCAAGCUACAAGAUGAGGAUCACUGAGAUUGAUCAGCAAAUGAAGGAGUUGGAAGAUGAAACGUCUGUCUUAUUGCAACAGCAGUCCGAUGCUUUGGAAAGGAAGAAUGAGUUCAAGUUACAUGAGGAAGAACUGCAUAACAAGCUGAUUGAGUUACAAGAACGUGAAUCUGAAAUGGUGCAGGAACAGGCAGACCAAUUAGUAACACUGCACAAUCAGUUGGAUCAUACUCUAAAUCAGAACAGUGAAAUGCUUGCAACUGGGUGCACUAGAAAGGAAAAAUUGGCUUCGGCAGUGAACGAUAAAGCAAAACUGCAGCAGAAAUUGGAAGAACUUAGCAGAUUGCAAGAACAGCAGUCUGGUAGCGAAAAUGCACUGGAAAUGAAUACAUGCCUCGAGGAAGAGCAGCAGUUGAAGUCGCGACUACAGUUGGCAGCAGUGGAGUAUAAGAAAUUGUACACUGAGAAGCAGAAGGUAGAGAGGCGGCUUGCAAAACUAUGCCACAAACUGAACAAUAAAAGAGGAAAACCUUUGCCUGCAUCAGAGCAAUCGGAGGCAAAAUAUCAACCAGCGACUGGAGAACUGAUAUCUCUCACAGGUUACAGUGAUGAGUUCCAAGAGUGACACGUAGGUCUUCAGUAAUAUAUCUACUGACCCACAAGCCAGAGAGAUGACCCAUUCUAGCAAACAAAAAUAAUAAAAUUAUAUGCAUUAAUUUUGUAGGUUAUUUUGUGAAUUAAAAUUUUAGGGUAUUCUGUAUUGAGGCACUUUACAGGUUGUUAAGACAAAAAUCAUGCAGCAUUUUUGUGGGAAAACUUUUGAAGACCAAAAAGUAAAUGGAAGGAUAACAUUAUGUUUCUUUCAGGGAAAUUGGUGAUGAGGAUUGGAGGUAGAUAAAAUGAGUUCAGGAUGAUGUUCAGUGAUAAUCUUUUAGUAUUAAUGGUGUUGAUCCUCUGGGUUCUGCUAUGAGAGAGUUUUUCAUUUCAUCCAUCAUAAUUACAGUGACAUGCUUAGUAAUAACGUAUGUGCCGAAUAGUUUUAAUGUCAUAUACAAAUAGUGCUACAUGGUUUCUAAGCAAACAAGUGUUAUAUAUUUUUUAUCUUAAACAAUUAAAAUGAUUAACAGCCAAA